AUGAGUCUUGGUGCCGGAUCUUGGCUAGGAUUGGUCACUUCGACACCCAAGAGCCGCAAUCAGACAUAUCCUUUCAUCCGCAACACCACGGUUGUCGAAAUCAGCCCAGUUUCUGCCUGCCGUUGCGGCUCUGACAUCGGACAUUGGACGGCGCUUAUCCGGUCAACGUGCCUCCGAUCAUGCGAAAAUCCCGUGGUCUUCUCUCGAUGUCAGAAGCUGCGAUCAGUGCCAUUCCCUCCGGUUUGGUUUCAAUCUGCCGACAGUGAUCGCCUUCAUUUCGUCAAUCCUGUAUGCAGUACCCCCUGUUCAACUUCGCAAGAGACGCGCACGCAAGGUGCUGCUGUGUAG